CUUUCGGAUUCUUUGGCAACAAGGAAGUGAUCUAGGCGCGUUGGAAGUCACGAAAUGUCGUUCUGCCUUUGUGUCUUUCCCCGCCUCUGCUGCUGCCAAAAGGUGAGCCAGAGAACGGAUGGCGGAGCCUUGUGCCAUGUCGGGUGUGAACGACUCCUGCGACGUCCCAGUUAAAGGCAUACUGCUCCGGAUGAUUCUCUGCUCGUCUCCCUUUUCCACUUUAUUGUUGUCCGUCCACUUAAUGCAUCUUCCUGCUUCAUAUUUCUACCGUCCUUGCCCGCGGGACUCCGCGCUCGCGACUCGGGCUGCUGCUGCUGCUGAAACUGGUCUGCUGCUGCGAAGACAAGCUCCAUCGCUGAUCGAGAAAAAGCACGCAGCAGCUCUUCCCCCUCUCCAUGCCGUUGACAGCGCAAGGGAACAGCAAGACAGAAGAAGCUGUUCGGGCAGGUUCUGCGUUGCUCACUGCGUGCUUCUUUCCCUCGUCUCCACGAUUUCCAUCGAUUUCUCCGCGAUUCCGUUUUUGCUUCUGUGGAAGGGGACAGAAAUUCGCCAAGUUUUGAGUGCGGAAAAGGCGCAACUGGACAGAGGGGGCGCGCCUCCUGUGCGAUAUUUCGAAGAAAAGCGGCAGGCAACUCGCCAAGAAAAUAACAAAUUCUUAAACCCGAACUCUCGAAGAGACAAAGUGGUACAAUUCACGAACGUGUGGACAUUUUGCCUCACGAAAGCGCGGCUUCGGGGUGUCUGUACAGCCUUCUCCGGAGCGCGACAAUCGGGAGAUGGGUCGUUGUGCUGUACAGCUUGACCAAAUUUGGGUCAUUUACCGCGGCAAAAGAGGCGGCUGAAACGUUCGUUUUCCAUGCUACCCUGUGAGAGACUCUGGAGGAAAAACGUCGAAAGCGUUGCGUCGGUCUCUUUUGCCGGGAUUCCCCCAGACCUCGUAAGCAUUUUGUUUUUGGUGGUAUGGGCAGCUUCCAGGGCCAGGAACGGCCGUGCCGACGGUCUGGAAAACGAUUUUUGUUGGACUCGUACCUGUUUCGAAGCGGUUGAAUGUAGGUUGGAUGUGAUUUAUUUCUAUUUCUCUCCAUGGUGUCAAUGCCCGGUCGUUACGGGCCCCGCGUCCGGUCCUGUCGAUGUGGGCGCAUCCUUUGAGGGAAGUCGAUGUGCAGUGCCGUCAAAUUUGUCGGUCUUCCUCCCCCGUGGACGCACAUAUUCCAGUGCAGUGUAUUGCUUUCAGGCUGAUGUGGAUAUACUUCGGGCGGUCCGGACGCAGCGCUCUGAAAUUCGUCUGCAAGCCAUGUAGCUCCCGUCCCUCUCUUGAUCCAGAGAUCAUGGCGCACCUUUGUUCUACUGGGGGUCCGCCGAGAGAGACAACGUUGUAAAUCAGUAGGAUAACGAAAGGUUAAGCGAGCAGUGCGAAGUCGCCACGGGUCGGAACAACGAAUGUGGCGUGAGAGCGUGGUCAUCCCCGAAUCUGAGGAAUCCGUCUGACGGCAUCCGUCAUUGAGCACCCAAAGUCUUUCUUUCCGUACUUCUAGUUCUCCAUCGUCUUUCCCUCAUCUUUUGUUCUUGUCUGAGUAAUCCUCAUUUGUUGUGCUUGCUCUCGAUUCCGUUUCGGAUUCAACCUCCCAGAGGUCCUCGUCGACAGGGGUUUGACAAGUCUCCCGUCCGUCCUGUUUCUGCGUCUGAAGAGGAUGGCGCCGUCAGCAGUUCGACUUCAGGGCCGUCGGCGGUCUCGUCGGUCACCUCAGUAUGCGUCUCGUGCUUCGCCACGCAGUCAGGCUCGAGAUUCUCCUCCCCUUCCAGAGAAAGCUCCGUCCACCUCUCCCGCCCCGACGGCUCAAGGGUCUCGUGACUUUCACGGCGCGUCCUCUUCCCCGUCCGAUUCUUCCUCAGGAAGCAGCGCCCAUCCAGCAGGACAGAGACAGAGUGGUGAAAGGGAGAUGGUAUUCCGGCAAGCGGAAGAGGCUGGAGAAGCGUCUGAUUCGCAUGUUGCUUCUUCCGGCGAGUCGAGGUCGCGCGCCCUGCGCGAUGUGGCGGCUACCAAGAGAUGCGACACAGGCGGGAGCUUCGACGACAGCAUGCCUGAGGAUGCCUGCGAUUCGACGCCUUUGUCUGAUCCAAAGGACGGCGGGAGUUUGAGCGAGCGUGCGGAAGCGCCAGGCCAGCGCCGAGGGGGAGAAAGGCCCGGGAGGCGACGAUCCACUCUCGCUAGACAAGCCCGUGACGGAGACAAGAACGAGCCCAAAGAGAUUGGGGACUGUGGAGGUUUCGGUAGUGCAAGCGGUCGCGACUCCGACUCUCAGGGGGAAUCUGGCAAAGGACUCCCUCGACAAACAGAGCCGACAGGUCUCCCUCAUCCAUGGCGGGAUGGGAGAGAUCCAGGAAGUGGAGAGUGCGACUCCGUGCGUCUCCAUCGAGACAAGAGGAGAGAGGGGGGCAGCAACCUCCGGAAUCGUUCCGACUCGGGUGCUGUCGAUGGAGACAAAGGCGGAGCGACUUCAAGACCGUCUGUAACCUCAACGCUUCCUGAUCGACGACGCAUGUCAGCGUCUCCGGCGCUCGCUUCCUUGUCUGCUGCUUUUGCGCUCGCUUCCUACGUCGAAACUGUGACGCCUCGGCGUCCUCCGACGUUUUUCCCCGAUCGCGGUGUCUCUACGCGUGGCCAAACCCGCCAGUCCCGUCCCUCGCAUCCACUGUCGCCUCGUCGUCCUUCAGCUUCUCCCCUCGCUGAUCUAGAGUUUCCUUCCGCUAGGGCGUCGCCGCGCCGGGAUUCAUGGUGUGGUGCCAACUCAAGUUUAAACGACGAGGAAGCGGAAGUCAGAGGACAGGCGCUUUGCCCUGAGUCUCGUCGGUGGGGUGAAUCCUCUGCAAGCGCUCAGAGAAGGGCCGAGUCGACUCCGCCGGCUCUGGAGAAGGGCAGGAAUGCCCCAGGAGAUCUGUCAAACAGCCCAGUGCGAGAUCUGAUCGAGUCUUUUCCUUGCUUAUCAAUCGCCGUGGAUCGCGUCUCCGCCAACUCGACUUCGCCUUGCAACAACAGUGGGGCCGCUCCAGGUCUCGUCGGCCUCCACGCCGAUCCAAACCCAGAGGAGGCCCUUCGCUGCGCCCAUGGCGCCUCGUCUCGGCACCCCGCUGGGAAUCGGCGAGAGCAUGGCGAGAACGAUGAGGCUGGAGAGACGAGGGGGACGCGCGACGAGUGGGGAGAGGUUGGCAGUCGAGGGAGUUCUGGGCGUACGCCUCAGCAGGACGUUGGACGCACGAGGAGCAGAAGGCCGUCCGCUUCAGAGAAGCCUCGACCAAGAGACGAACGAGCAAGAAGCAGGGAAGGCAGCGGCUACCGCUCGCGGCGAACGAGCGGCGGCGUCCGUCAAACUUUGUCUCGCCACGCGGCAGGUGUACCUCCUUGUCCUUCAGGAGACGUUGUUGCGCGCAGUCGGCGUCGACGAGGAGAGAAACGCGGCCAGGGAGACUGCCACAGUGUCUGCAGCACCUCGUCGCGUCUGUCCUCUUUCUCGGCUUCUCCGGAAGAUUCUGGCCGCGGCUCUGUGCCGCCUUCUCGCCGAUCGUCUCGAGCGAGUGUCCACCACGUUUGUGGGCGCCCUCGGGAAGCUCGCAGAACCAGUUUCCGCGGAGACGAGGAGCGGGGCUGGAGCUCUCUCAGCCGUCACCGUUCGCUUCUUGAGUCAUCGGGACCGGAGGGCUUCUCCUCUGACGACGAAGACAGUCUUUUUCCGUACUGUGCAGAGGGCAUCGAGCAUGCUGUCUUCCCUACCGCCGAUCCUGCUCUCCUGGGGGCACUGCCGUCGCUCUUCUCGCCGUCAAAGCCCGGCGCUGAAGGCUUUGUGUCCUCGUAUGACGUAGAGGAGGGACCAGAGCAGGGUCGAGGCUGCGAAGGCGAUGGCAAGCAGGUGGGGAGUUUUGGUGACCCUCUGGGCUGGAGGCUCGCUCCGCGGUCGCCUGCUCCAAGUUCGGUGGGAAGCAGGUUCAGCGGAGGGAGGCAUGAACCUGAAAGGCGACGGUCUGGUCGCGAACUGGCUUCGCAUGCAGGUGUCCCGAGGCCUGGGGCGUCGUGGAGAGACCCUGGCCCUUCGCCCUCUGCGGAGACACGCCGGUGGACCGCAGGCGCGUUUCCUGGUGUGGGGAAACACAGUGCGCUUCACCGCUUCGUGCUCAAGAGGGGGCGUCUCGCGGGAAGGAACGAAGAGGAUGACGGAUACUUUUCGCACUUUGCGAUGACGGAAAAACUGAGACAGGAAGCGCAGCUACGCGCCUGUCUAGACAAGGCCGUUCUCCUCUUCAACCAACACGGCCUCGAGCCUGCAGUCGCCGUCCUUGAAGACCAAGGAAUCCUCCAAAAAAACGACCCAGAAGCAGUCGCCCUCUUCCUUUACGAAACCCCAGGACUCGACAAACGAAAGGUUGGUCUGUUGCUGGGCGACGCGUCGCCUUUCAACAUUUCUAUUCUUCGGGCGUUCUCGUCGCUGUUUGAUGUCCGGGGUGUGAGCAUCGAUUUGGCCAUGCGGUCGAUUUUCAGUCGCUUCAUUCCGCCGGGUGAGUCGCAGCAGCUGUACAGAGUCUUGUUCGUCUUCGCCGAGGUGUAUGUCCAGCAGAACCCGGAGCAGAACAUGGACGCGGAGACCGCGCAUUUUCUCGCGUACGCGAUUCUGCUUCUCCAUACCGAUCGCCACAACCGAAACGUGAAGAGGAAAAUCACCAAGGACGACUGGCGGCGAAUGACUCUGGGGAGAGACGGCGCGACGAAUGGCCUCGACAUGAAGACUCUCGAUGCGAUCUACGACCGAGUCGUUGCAGAACAGUUCAAGUUGCACAUGUCCGACGCAGACAAGGUGUAUCUCCGCCUCAGCCGCGACCCCCGAGUGCUUCGAUAUGCUGCGGGGCGCGAGUCUUCGCUUUUUCGCGCCUCAGGUCCGCUAGAGAGCCAGCAUUGUCGCCCAAAAACGGGGACGAGUCUGGACACUGGUACACAGCUUCCUCGCCGUCGGAAUGACACUCGCAUGCGGUCUCAGACUCUCUCUUCUCGCGCGCGCUCCACGGGGUCUCGCGAGUCCCCGACGCGUCAUGAUUCGCUUGCUGUCGAGAGUCAGGAAGGCAGGUGGCGGUCGCCAGAUCCCCGCGCGUCGCAGGUUGCUCCUUUCUCUCGGUCGUCGCCUCUACUGACCGACAGGCGAAAAGCGUCGCGAUCUCCUCAUCGAGCGUCUAGAGAACCGCAUCUCCAGUCUGCGACCCCUUCGGGGGGACAGGAAGCGCAUGGGGACCCCACCUGUGAAGGCAAGGACAGUCGAGCAUCAGAAGCCGCAGAGGGGAGAAGAGGAGAAGACCAGCGAGAGGCGUUCUGGGAACAAACAGCAGAACGUCUAGAUGCAGGACCCACUUUUCGGCGUGAUAUGUCAUCGGGAAAGACCGGCAAAGAGGUGGAAGGCCACAGUUUGUGUGACCAACGAAGCUCGGAUGCAUGCGCACUUCGAGCUGUCGACGGCUGCUCCGGUGAAGGAGUCGAGAUGCCCAGUCAACGAGGCCAGAAGGCAAGAAGAGGGGAGGGGAGGUUCGUUUGGGCGACGACUCCGAGAGACGAGGGGAACUCUGCGCUGUCCCCGGCGCAUGGACAAGAUCACCUGGGUGUUCAGUCCUCAGACUCGCCAUCCGCCUCUCCCUCCACUUGCCAGACGUCUAGACCUGCCGAUCCUUCUUCUCUCCCAGUUACUGCGGGUACUGUCUCGGCUUCUGCACAGGCGCAGAUCCCCAUCUUGUCGUCGAACUCAUCGCCCUCGUCGUCUCCAUCUCCGGGGUCUCCGGACGUGGACGCCGCCGAGAGUGCGUCCUCGAAAUCGCCUCUUGAAGGAACCGUGCGAACGUCUCAGAGUCUCCCUCCGUCGUCGCCGGCGCCCGUUGUCGCCCGGGAUGGAGUGCAUGCACAUGCCUCUCAUGCAAACCCUCCCGCGGUUCCAGUUUCUUCCUCUCCUCCGACAGCUACGUUCUCGAGUCGGUCGGUGGACAUUUGCUCCACGCAAUCGCUGGGGUCCGCGCCGGCCGCGGACCUCCGCGUGGGCUCGAAGUCCGUGGAAAUGAUGCCCCAGCUCAGUGAGGGCGACCGUCGCGUCUCACGCCAGGCGCAGGUUCUGCCGCUGGAGAGAGCCCGGUCGCCGUUUGUGUCUUCCGGAUCCACCGCCUCACGCGGGUCCCUCACGCGCAUGUCGAGCGAGCUCCACGGAGCGGUUGGACCACCGGAGUCCUUGAGGGUCGCGACCUCCUCUGGCAUGACUUUGGGGAGCCAGACGUCCGUGAUGCUUCGGCAACGAGGCUCUCGAGUGCAGCCUGGCGGCGCGACGUACGCGGACCAGGCCUCGGUUUUCACCCGGGGUGUGUCGCUCCGGGCGUCUUCGGAGAUGUCGCGGCUUUCGACCGGCCUGGGUCCCUCGCAGAGUCUGCCAACCUUUGGGUCUUUCUCUGCGACGCCGCGGAGCUCCAGCAAUGUCCUCUCGCCGUCUCCCUACUCGUCGUCGUUCGACGCCCUCGAGCGCGGGACGGUCUUUCUCAAGCUGUGCCGCAACGGGAAGAUGAAGCCGCGGCUCCUGUCGAUCGACCGCGAGCGCAUGCUGCUCUGCUGGCAGGAUCCGAAGCGGGGCGAGAGUGGGCAGAAGCGGGGACGGCGCGGCCCGCGGUGUCUGCCUUUGGACGAGCUCCUGGACAUCACGCUCGGGUGCGCGCCAAGUCGCGAUGCGAAGACUUCUGAACUCUCUGAAGAAAUGGAACUGCGCUGCUUCUCCCUGCACUUUGUUACGCGGUCUCUCGACCUUCUCGCUCCCGUCGAAGGCGCCCUCCUCUGUCCUUUCACCUCGUCCUCGCCCCCGGUCUCCGCGUCCAGGCGACGCGGCCUGGGGGGACAGGCCGGGUGGGCCUCAGCAUCUGCAUCCCUCGCCCUCUGGCUCCAGUUCUUCCACGCAAAGGUCUCCGAGCAGCAGCAGCUCCGCGAGCUCCUUCUCCAGCAGCAGCAUGCACUCGCACAAAGUGAAGAGGUUGCGGCCCUCCGGAGAAAGCGCCGGGAAGAAGAAGCCGCGCAGAAACUCGAGCUCUGGCGAACGCUCAUUCUCCCGCACUGGGACAAGUGCUGGACGUGUGGGGCGAUUCCCCAGGCCCCCGCCGGCGACGCGCCCUUCUCCAUGCCUGGGGCGCCUUCCAGGAUCGGCUCCUGGAGGCGCUUUCCCUCGAUGUUGCGCGGAGAUUCCGCCCUGCCCGAUCACUUUGGCCCCAGUCGCUUUCCGUCCACCUCGCGCACCGACUUCGACCAGAGUGUGUGGGGAAAACGGGACAAGACACUCAGGUCCAAAGUCACCUGGGGAACCGCCGAUGCGCGCCCAAGCGACAACCCACGAACCAGAGACCGCCUCGCCUCCAGCUUGGCCGCCUGGGGCGCCACGGCUCGCCUGUCGACCGGGCCUUUCAUCGCCGCAGUCAGGGCAUGGUGGGGCCUCAGCGGUCCUGCAGCAGAGGCGCCAGCAGAGGCGCAGGAGCCCGCUGGCGCGGCAGGUAACGGCGAGUGGGAAACAAGCAAACAGACUGGGAAGGGCGUUGCUUGCGGCGGUGAGAGCUUCUGCGUCGACGGCGGAGGGCCGCCGGCGCUUUUCGCCUGCGAAACCGGGAGCGGAGGCGAGAAGGAUGAAGGCUCGACGCUCCCGCCCCACUCUGAGGACGCACCCACUCGCGUGCUAGCGGACCUGCCAGACGCCAGAGGGCCUUCGUCCCAGGACUCACUCUGGUCACACAGAGACGUCGUCGACGGCGACCGAGGCAGGCCGACGUCAGGGAGUCCUGCACACGGUGCGAGUCUCGGCCACAAGUCCUUCUCGCUGCGGUAUUUCGUCUCGUCUAGGCGCUCGGAACGGAUGCAGUCGCGGGUCUCCAUGCGCUCACCCAGUGGGCUGAGAAGUUCGGAGCUCCAUGGCUUCAAACCAGAAGAACGUUUGGGCGCGGCGGGUGCGGCCGACAAGCUCGGCUUCGAGAAUGGGAGGCCGUCGGAAGAAGAUGGCAAGAACAAAUUGGUGCUGCGAAGCCACAAGUCCUUUGCUUCAUUUGGUGGCUUCGCCUGGCUCUUUGCGGGCAACGGAUCCAGAGCCGUCGGCGGCGCGUCUUCUACAGAGGAGCCUCGCCCAGGUGUUCGGUCUUACGCGGAGUCUUGCAGCUCAAACCGAUCGUCCGCGGCGUUUACAGGCAGCGCCUCUUUCCCUCAGGGCGACGGCAGGCCGCAUGCGUGCAGCGACCCAAGUGUGCAGCAGUUCGCUGGGGUUGACGCCACGCUCCAGAAAACGGCGCGGAUUCAGCGCGAAAGCGGAAGCCCCACCGUCGGGGAUGGCCCAGAAUGGACUCCUCGGGGGCUCGUUGGAGCUCUCUCGCGAUUCCUCACGUCAGGCGGGAAGAGCCGAGUGGAGACAGGUUCGGUGAGUUCGGGGACAGAACCGCGGUACAGCUUCAGUCCAGGACGCGCGACUGGGGACGACCCCGGAGAGGGGGGUAAGCGUCGGAGCGGCAAGGAGGAAGGCCGGCGGUCUCUGGGGACCCAGGGGAUCUCGGGGAACUCUGUGCGGUCGAUGACCAUGAUGCAAACGCUGCCGAAGUCGACGACUCUCUCAGGUUUUUCAUCGACGUCUCUGUCGUGGGCCCCGAGCCAGAGGGACUUCCGAGCCUGGGGCGAGGAGCCCCCGCGCAGCCGGCGCUUCUGGCGCCUCUGGUUUCCCCAGUUCUUCGGCGCCCGGUUCUCGCUGGACCGUGGUCGCAGACUGGAGACGGCUGUCUCCACGAUCCUCGUCAACCUCUGGCUCCAGGGGUUGCCGGGCGAGCUCCGCGGGACGCUGUGGGGUCUGGCGAUCGGGAACGAGCAACGCGUAUCUGAGGGCCUUCUGUCCUCGCUUCUCUUUCUCGCGCUGCAGCGUAGGCACCUCGUCCAAAAGUCUCAGGACGCGCGAAGCCGCAACCGGUCCUGUCGCUCCUCCGCCUCGCCUGCCGACGGACUCCAUCCCCGGUGCAGCCGCGGCAGCGACCGACAAAAAGGUCCACAUGGAGGCAGAGACAAAGCAGCUGGUAUGGUGCGCGGGGACCCCGUGGGGCGAGUCGACGGCUCGGAGUCGCGAAUGAGACGAGAAGAGCCAGAGCGCGAAGAGAAGACUCUUGCGAAAGGACAUUCGAAAGCCGAGGCGAUCCAGACGCCUUCGACGCAUCCUGCUGUGGCGCAAACGCUGCCACCAGCGGCGCAGAUCGAGACGACACUUGGUGCAUGCGGCUCAGAGAGUUCGCGAGGCGAGGCGAAUCGCGGAGAGGCUGGAGCCUCGUGUCUGAAGGCCUCGACGUCCCUGGGUCUGCCGUACCCCUGCGCCGGUCUCUGGUACCUCGUGGACAAGAAGGUGGGUUGUGGCCAGGAGCUGCUGAUUUCCUGCAUCUUCGAAGCCCCACAGAAUGUCCAGGACGAGGACGAAGGCGGCAAGGCGUCAGACCGUGCUCGAGAUGGCGGGCGCGAGAGGAAGACGAGACAGGCCGCCGGGGAAAAACGAGCCACAGGGCUCCAGGAAGACAGUUCUUCGAUGACAGAAGAGGCUGUAGCUGUGAGCGUUUGUUUCCGGCCCUCGCCGAGUGCAGAGACGGUCGCGCGAAUCAGAUCUGUUCACACCUCUGUCGGCUGUGGAGAGAAGAAAGAAGCAGGCCCCGACCCCGCCAGCGGUAGAGGGGGGGGGACUGCGUGCACCGAGCGGGAAGGCAACGUUGCCAGCGCAGGAUUGAAGGCUGAGGCGCAGAGUGAUUCAAGGAACGCAUGCACAGAUCCGCGAGAGGGAAAAGCCGAAAAACAGAAGGAAGGAGCUGCGACAGAGGGUGAAGCCAAGCAGAGCGAGAAGAAAGAGAUACCGCACAGUGAGGGAGACAGACGAGAACGCGAGGAAGCAGGCGAACCCCACACAGCGCAUCGAGAUACACAGAACCACCGGCGACGCUGUCAUGGCCAGCUGGUGCAUGCUUGUCACAGCAGUCGACUCUCGACUAUGGCUUCUCUGGGGCGAUCGGAAGCAAAUGGAGACAUGACGAUCGGCGAAGGAGUCCGGCGACUUCUCCAGGCUUACGAACUCUAUCGACCGGACAUCGGCGCUGUGAGAGGCAUGGACGGCCUGGCUUCGGUGCUGCUUUGUUUCAUGUCUCUGCCCGCGGCCUUUGUUGCCUUCGUUAAUCUCCUGCCGAGUUUUCAUUUGCUGGAUUUCUACGCCCCAGCUGUGCAAGCGAGUCGUCGUCUGCUCUCAGUGAAAUUCGACUUCUUUGAGGCCAUGCUGCGGACUCGCGUCCCGCCGCUUUACCGCCAUUUCAAGGGCCUCCGCAUACACCCGAACCUCUAUCUUCUUCAGUGGCUUGAGACGCUGUUCGCCAUCGUCUUGCCUUUUCAGACGCUCUGCAAAACCUGGGAUGCGAUCCUUCUCUUAGGCGAGGGUUUCACAUUCCAAGUCGCUCUCGGACUGCUGAAGUACUACGAAGGGGAACUUCUUGCCAACUCGUUUCAGGGAUGCAUGGUCAUUCUAAGUCGCACGGCGCGUCCGGAUGACGACGACACAGGCGCAUUCAACUCUCAGCGUUUCUUUCAGUGCGUCGAUCUCUGCCCGGUGGACCGGCAACAGUACAGCCAGCUGCUGGCAAACCAAAGAGCAGCAGAGGAGAAGACCGACCUUCUCAGUGCUUCAACACGCACGACGUAACCUCCCUCUGACGGCUGACGCCUCGACUUCUUCCACGACUUCGUCGCGCUCUCAGCCGAGCCUCCGCGAACAUAUCAGUGCGAGUAGCAGCACGGCCGCGGCCCUUUUUGCGCAGGUGCAUGCAUGCUGAUACAUACAUAAAUAUAUAUAUAUAUAUAUACAUAUAUAUAUAUAUAUAUGUGUGUAUGAAUGUGCUUGUGUUCAUUUAUGGAGAGUGUAUGGAAGUAUGCAGCGAAGAGGAAAGUCACCUCUUUUUGUGGAUGUGGUUUUGGUUUUUCGGCCUCGGUAUUUUUGGUGCCGGGGAAAUCCUCGGCCACAGUGUACACUGGCGUUUGCAUUCAGAGAAAUGCGGGAAGGGGGGUCUGUCGAGCAGCACUCUCCCAUCAUGUCUGCGCCAGUUGUGGAAGGCUUUGUCUGCUCGACAGAAGAGUCCUAGGCCGCCGGACUUUGCUGCAGGAGAGGACGUUGUUGCAGCUAGAUUUUGUGCGUCGAAUUCUCAUUCUCUGAGCAAUUCAAAGCGCGAAGGAGUCUCUUGGGUGAAGCGGAGAGGGUCUCGACAAAUGGAGAAGACCGGUUACGAGCAUAUUUUUCAGUUCAAGAGCCGUUGGCAGUUCAGAAUUCGAGUCGCGACAACAGGAUCAGGCACCUGUCACGACUGCCCUCGCACGAAUGGUUCUUCCGGUUUAUGUCAUUCCUCUUUGAAUACGCCCACAGAAGAAAUACACCUGUAUAUUUAUAUGUAUAUAUGCGUAGAGUGAAAUGGACAG